AUGGACGCGCCUGGCGCGACACCGCCGGACGAAAGUGCCGUUCAGAGCACUCCCAAGCAAGACACAUCCAUACGAACCAGGUCACCUACAGACACGACCCAAGGCGCCCAAGAUAGACACGAACGAUACAAUGACCACAGCUCUAGUAGCAGUGGUGACGGAGAAGAAGAAGGGGAGGCCGAGGAAGAAGAAGAGGGGGCCGAGGAAGAAGAAGACUCGGACGACGAGGACGAGGAGCCCCGCCUCAAGUACGCAUACCUUACGAAGCACCUGGGAUCAGUAUAUCGUAACGGGGAUGCGACAAGCUCGUUCCUCGUAGCAGGAGAUAAAAUGAUCGUUGGGACACACAACGGGAACGUCCAUGUUAUGUCAUUGCCGCUUCUACAAUCCCUCCGUGUAUAUCAUGCACACUCAGCAAGUGUCACCUCAAUAUCGAUAUCGCCAUUUCCGCCUCCCCUUCCGAACCUUAAGCAAGACACCUUCAGCAAGCAGACCGCAGAAGAAUACAGGCCAUCCACGCGAUCAUCUAAUACCACCGGCAGUAUCCGUGGCCAAGGAAAACCGGGUAACCAUUCGACCGUCCCUCCCAUACCGUCGAACUCGAUUUACAUCGGAACCUCCUCAAUCGAUGGCCACGUUUGCGUCUCGUCGCUAGUAGACCCCAAGGAUGUGCUAUUGCGAAAUUUUGGCCGCCCAGUUCAGUCCAUUGCUUUGUCUCCAGAGUACAAAAAUGAUCGGGCAUUCCUCUCUGGUGGCCGAGCGGGUGAAUUGGUCCUGACAACUGGCGGUCGUAUUGGAGCGACCUCCAACUCGACAACAAUGGGGGGUGCAGCCGCCACAGCAUCAAGCUGGCUUGGAUCCAUGGGCCUGGCAUCUACUAGUGGAAAAGACACAAUUAUCCACAGCGGUGAAGGCACUAUAAGCACAAUUAAAUGGUCACUUUCAGGAAAAUACGUGGCCUGGGUCAAUGAGGAAGGCAUCAAGAUUAUGCGGUCAAACUUGCAUCUGGAUUCUUCAGAGACAGAAUUUGCCUGGAAACGAAUCAGCCAUAUUGAUCGUCCAAAUCGUCCCGGCUGGGAUGAAAUGGCCGGUGUUUGGAAAGCACGCGCAGAAUGGAUCGACCAGUCUGCUUUAGACAGUCGGGACAAUCUCGAUCCAAAUGACAAUCCAGCAAGUCUAGAGGUACAGUCGACCGUGCCCACUGAGAAAGUGGAAAAGCUUGUCGUCGGCUGGGGAGGAACUGUUUGGGUCAUUGAUGUCUACCCCGAAAGGGCAAGCAAAACAUCCAAAGGCGAGAAAUUGGGCUCUGCAGAGGUUGUUACAAUAUUACGAACAGAUUGCGUGGUAUCUGGCAUCUCAUUGUAUACGCCUCGUCUUCUUGUCAUUCUCGCAUAUAUGGAAACCGAAGGUGAAACUGCAAGUAACAUAAUAGGCAGUGGGACGCGCAAUCGAAAAAAGGGCUUGGAACCUGAACUUCGUGUCAUUGACAUUGAAACUAAGGAAGAAGUUAGUGCUGAUACACUUUCAGUAAACCGGUUUGAAGGUCUAUCGGCUUCUGAUUACCAUCUGAGUGUCUUACCCCCGUGGAAGACCCCAGAGGGACAAGUCGUCCAGCGUGGUGCCCUCGGGGCUCUCGGUUAUGGCCUUUUGGAUGCUACCAUGUACCCUGCACGGCUAUUCAGCUCUGGCGCCAGCAUCCGCAGUACCACAAGUAGUGGCGACAAGGGGUCUGGUAGAGUUGCUCCCUCUUUCAUAUCCAAACUCCACGCGGCCGAGGAGGCCCUUCCGAAGGAGGUACAGGAAGUUGCAGGUGCUCCUGGUGCCAAAAUCUUUGUCCACAGCCCUUACGACUGCGUUGUUGCAGUAAAAAGGGAUCUUGCGGACCGGUUGUCCUGGCUUGACUCUCAUGGCCAGUACGAGGACGCAUGGCGUCUCGUCGAUGAACAUCCCGAAGCUGCGGGGUCGAUACCUGACUUAACCGAAGUUAUUUCUGAGGCUGCAGGAAGGUCCCAAACCAGUUUAGGCGAAUUCUUUGCUGAUGAUCACUCAUCCAUCACGACGGCUGGUCGAACAAAAGUUUCUGCUGCUGAACAGGAAAAAGCUCGCCUUGGGGAACUUUGGAUCAACCAACUGGUCAGCGAAGAUAAGUGGAUUGACGCUGCGAGUAUUUGUGGUAAAGUCAUCCGCAAUGCCCCUCGAUGGGAACACUGGGCAUGGACCUUCAUAAAAAAUGAUAAAAUCGACGAAAUCACUUCACAAAUCCCGGUUGACUUAAAUCCAUCGUUGUCUUCUCGAAUUUACGAAGUCAUUCUCACUCACUAUGUGUCUCGAGACUUGGUCAAAUUCAAAGAACUCAUCGAAACAUGGCCAUCCGAUUUGUUUGAUGCGAAUGUGAUCGCAGAAGCCAUCGAAGCACAGGUGAAAUCCAAAUCAGUGCGCGCCGAGUCUGAGGAGUGGCGACUCCUCACAGAUUGCCUCGCCAAGUUGUUCCUGGUAGGAGGGCAUCACCGCGAAGCCUUGCGUUGCUAUAUUCGACUGCAAGAUGGAGAUGCUGCUAUGGCUUUGGUUCGGGAACACCGUUUGCUCGACGCAGUCACUGAUGAUAUACCGGCUUUCAUUAUGAUUCGCGUUUCCAAAGAGCAAAUGAAGUCAGCCACGAAAUUCGAACUGGAAGAGUUGACAUCUGAGCCCACGCGACUCCUUGUAAGUGAAGCAUACACGGGCAUCGUUCUCCCAGAUACCGUGGUAUCACAGUUGAUCGCCGCAAACCGGUUCCUGUUUCUUUAUUUCUAUCUCCGAGCGCUCUGGCGAGGUGAAUCAUUACCGCACGAUGCCUCUAAGCCCAGAAGAGGUCGUGGAACUCAUGCUCGGGAUGCAGCUAGCAAGCUUGCUGCCGAUGAAGGCAAAGCCCUGAUUGAUAACUUUGCCGAUACGGCCGUUGAAUUAUUUGCCGACUACGACCGGCCUCUCCUGAUGGAGUUCCUCCAAACAAGCAUAUCAUAUUCAUUCGAGAAAGCCACAUCCAUCUGCGAAGACCACAAAUUCACGCCAGAGUUGAUUUUCCUCUUGUCCAAGAUGGGCCAGACGAAGCGAGCCUUGAACCUGAUUCUAUCGGAUCUCAAGGAUGUUUCACAGGCCAUUUCAUUUGCAAAAUCACAGGAGGAUCCUGAUCUGUGGGAGGAUCUGCUUGAUUACUCUAUGGACAAGCCAAAGUUCAUUCAUGGUCUUCUUGUCGAGGCCGGGACGGCCAUCGACCCGAUAAAGCUUGUGCGUCGGAUACCGAGCGGGCUGGAGAUUGAAGGUCUAAGAGAGGGCCUCACUCGCUUGAUUCGUGAGCAUGAUCUGCAGGCUAGUAUCAGCCAGGGCGCGGCUAGAGUCAUGCAAAGCGAAGUUGCACUUGGGAUGGACUCGCUGCGCAAAGGUCAGCGCCGGGGAAUCAAAUUCGAUGUCAUUGAUGACGGAGAAGAAGAUUUCAAUAAGACCCCGACAAUGAAGGCCCAAGCUCAAGAUCAAAUAUCCGUGACCAGUGGCGCGAGAAAAUUCGGAGGCCCUGGACAGGGAAGAUGUGGCGGUUGCAAAGCCGCCUUCCGGGCAAACGAGCGAGAAAUCCUCGUUGGCUUUGCCUGUGGCCAUAUUUUCCAUCUAUCCCACUUGCACCCAGACACGCCACAGCAACAAUCCGGCACGACCAGCCGUGACCGAUCCGCCGAUCUUACGCCCCGAGCCAUGUCUCCAGUCGACGAGACCCGAUCUUCCACUGCGUCUCGCACCGUUGGGCCCAAAGUCACGACGGCAAGAAUCCUGCGAGACAAGAUCGGUGAUGGAUGUCGGAUCUGUGCUCUGACGAGAGAUAUUGAAUCCCUUGGUGAGGUUGAGGUUUGA